AAGUGAUAACACAAUAGAUGCCACAUUGUUGAUUAUCAUUGUAGUAGCAGCUGUGAUAGUAUCUAUAGCUAUUGUGGUUUCUAUAACACUGUGUAUUGUGAGAUGUAACAAUGUGAGAAAUAGCUCAUCUGAAAGAACAGCAGAAGAGAAACAGGCAUACCAAUGUCGCAAUGAGAUGAGACAGUUGAUCUAUCAAGGUAACAACAGUGUACCUGUGAUGUCAGGUAAUCGAGGAGAGACAUCAGACAGAUAUGGUCAUUCGAGGAGCCAUUACUAUCCAGAAGACUGGAAGACAUCGACAAUGAGCAGGACACUUCAGAAGUCUACAAAGCAGAAAUACAGUCAACCCAUUGAGGUGACAUCUUAUGGAGACAACAGACCAUCUUCUAACUAUCCCACUGAUACAUUGACCAGUCGUAAGAGUAGUGGACAGUGCUGGAGUGAGCGGUCAAGUAGACAGUAUGAAGAAAUACCAGCAACGUCAGGAAUCUAUGGUGGUGCCCCACCUGAUGUAUCAAGCACCAUUGAGAGAGACCAUUACCAAGACAGAUAUGUGAAACCUCCAGAGAGACAGUUACCUUCAACACCAGAUGUUGUUGCCAUUUAAGUGAGACUGAGAAGAUGACACACCAGAAAUAAUAUCACCCUACAACAUUUAAAACAACACAAAUAUAUUAGUUCGAUAAUAAUAUUUCCCCACAUAUGACUGAAUAUCUUUGUAUGUGUUUGAGACAAUAAUUUUACUGCUUAGGUAAGAGGAAUAAAUUUAUAACUCUGUAUUGUUAGGUAAACCAAAGAUAAAGGAAUUACUGUAAUAA